UUUCGGAACAGGAAGUGACAGAACACACGUGCGCAAAGAAGCAUCGUUUGUGUGAAAUUACCCUUCUGUUUGUAGACAUAGACGUCGCUUUUCGUUCGGGAUAGUUAAAGUGUAAACUAGUUUUCAAACAUCCUCCUGUCGACCUUUAUCCGCGCUGAUCGCAGUCAAUGGCGGAGUGUGCAAAUGACAGCGAUGCGGAGAUCAGAAUCGGUUACGGAGACUAUGUAGUGCUGAAGAGAGGAGAUGUGUUCAAAUCCGUGCAGAUUGAAAAUAAAAAGAAAGUGAUCUUCGAGAAGCAGUGGUUCUUCUUGGAUAACGCGGUCGGGCAGCUGUACGGGGCCAUGUUUGAAAUCGAAGCCGGCGGUUCGCUCAAACUUAAGGCAGCAAAACACUCAGGAGACUCUUUGGAUUCUAAAGAAGCAGGCCAGGAUAAUAGACACAUAGUGGAUGAUGGCAGAUCUCAGAAACUGACCAGAGAUGAUAUUGAAACACUGAAAGAGCAGGGGUUAAAAGGCCAGGAGAUUGUCCAGCAGCUCAUAGACAACAGUACAACGUUCAAGGACAAAACUGAAUUUGCUCAAGAGAAGUACAUCAAGAAGAAAAAGAAAAAGUACGAGAGUGACAUAACGAUCCUGAAACCCUCCACUCGACUCCUUGCCAUGAUGUACCACGGAAGAGAACCAGGGAAAAUAUGUCAUCUGCGGUACGACACAUUAGCUCAGAUUUUGACUCUGGGUAACAUCCACGCUUGCAGUAAAAUCAUUGUUUUUGAGACCUGUGCUGGACUUGUGUUGGGCUCGGUGAUGGAGAGAAUGGGAGGUUAUGGCUCAGUGAUUCAGAUGUAUCCCGGUGGAGGACCAACGAGAGCCGGCAUGGAGAGCUCCGGCUUUCCGUCACACUUCCAUAAGACGCUACAUGAUUUCCCUUUAUGCAAAGUUAAUGCUCUGUUGGCGGGAACCCUGGACCUGUCGGAGAAGGACGCAGACACUGAGGCCAAUUGCAGCGGGAACAGAUCCGAGUCUUCUCAGGAAACCUCAUGUGUGUCUAAGGAGAAGAACUCAGAACCUCAGAGCAUGGAGGUCAGCGUUGACCCUCAAGAAGAAAUAAAGAGAGCGGAGAGAGAAAGACUGCGAGAACAGAGGGCUCAAGAGAAAAAGGUUAAGAUGGAAGAAAAGAGGAAGAAAUUAGCUUCAGCUGCUGCUCUGUUAGAGGGCAGAAAUGCAGAUGGGUUGGUGAUUGCUAGUCGCUUUCACCCCUGUCCUGUGUUAAUGGGUCUGCUGAAGUUCAUAGCACCGUCACGACCGUUCGUAGUGUACUGCCAGUACAGAGAGCCUCUGAUUGAGUGCUACACAAAACUCAGGGAACAAGGAGGAGUAAUCAAUCUCAGAUUAACAGAUUCCUGGCUCAGGCAUUACCAGGUGUUGCCCAACCGGACUCAUCCAGUGCUGCUCAUGAGUGGAGGUGGAGGGUAUCUCCUGUCCGGAACCACAGUUGCCGCAGACGCUGCCAAAGCUAAGAAUCAGCACAAAUCAGAGGAGCCCCUUGCCAAGAGGCUGAAACUGGAUGAGAUUAGUUCAUCACGUGAUAGCUCUGCCUAGCAAGAAGUGGAGGAAGGAAAGCAUGCGUUGCUUUUUCGCCAUCCUCUGCACUUGGCAAAUAACCAAGUUUCGCUCACAAAAUUGCAUCAUUGCCCAAGUAAACAUUUAUGCUUUUAAUGGUUUUCGAAAGGCUUUACAGCAUCAAAACACAAAUGAUAACCACAUUGGUAAGCUUUGGUCCCAUAAUUACACAUUUUUAUUAAACGUAAACAAUGCAGAGAAUCCAUGGAAAGCCAUAAAGAACAACAGCAAUUUUCAAACAUACUGUAUUUUUCACAGUUGUAAAGUAGCAUGCUCUUAAACGCAUUCAGAUUUGCAGUCGAUAGUACAUGGGCAUUUUUGUUUUUUUUUUUUUUUUUUUGUUUUACCUUAGGAUGUAAUAAAGAGAGAAAUGUUUCGCAUUGUA